UUGCCGGCGUCUUGUUACGUCUUCUCUUGAUAUCCGCACCUUUCGCACUUCAGGUCUGCCCUCCGACCUGACAGUCCUCUCCUCUCUUGCAGCUUUGUUGGGACACUGCCUCUCAGCUGAGCGUCUUUCAGGAUGUUGGCGCAACGACUCGCAGCGCGACAGCUGCCCCGGCUGGGUCGCCGGACCUUCGCUACCGUCAAUGACUCCCCUCUCACCAAGAAGGUCGAGAUGACCAAUUGGGAGAAGGGCCACUACAUCAACUACGCGGGCAUGAACGAGAACCUGAACAUUGUGCGAAAGCGACUGAACAAGCCUCUCACAUACGCCGAGAAGAUCCUGUACUCGCACUUGGACGAUCCGCAUGGACAGGAGAUUGAGCGUGGAAAGAGCUAUCUCAAGCUCCGCCCAGACAGAGUUGCUUGCCAAGAUGCCACAGCUCAGAUGGCCAUCCUGCAGUUCAUGAGCUCGGGUAUGGAUGCUGUUGCCACACCCACCACUGUGCACUGCGAUCACUUGAUCGAGGCACAAGUUGGUGGCGAGAAAGAUUUGGCGCGUGCAUACGACAUCAACCGAGAGGUGUACGAUUUCUUGAGCUCUUCAUGUGCCAAGUACAACAUUGGUUUCUGGAAGCCAGGUUCUGGUAUCAUUCACCAGAUCGUGCUCGAAAACUACGCUUUCCCAGGUGGUCUCAUGAUCGGUACCGACUCUCACACUCCAAACGCUGGUGGUCUUGGUAUGGCCGCCAUUGGUGUUGGUGGCGCUGAUGCCGUCGAUGUCAUGGCCAGCUUGCCAUGGGAGCUCAAGGCACCAAAGGUCAUCGGUGUCAGGCUUACCGGAAAGAUGAGCGGCUGGACUGCACCAAAGGACAUCAUCUGCAAGGUCGCUGGUAUCCUCACUGUCAAGGGUGGAACUGGUGCCAUCGUCGAGUACCACGGACCUGGAACUGAGAACCUGAGCUGUACUGGAAUGGCCACUAUUUGCAACAUGGGUGCUGAAAUUGGUGCCACCACCUCGCUCUUCCCAUUCAACGACCGCAUGUACGACUACCUCGCCGCCACCAAGCGCCAACACAUUGGCGACUUCGCUCGUGGCUACGCCGCCGAGCUCCGCGAGGACGAGGGCGCCGAGUACGAUGAGCUUAUCGAGAUCAACCUGAGCGAGCUCGAGCCACAAAUCAACGGACCUUUCACCCCAGAUCUUGCUACCCCAAUCAGCAAGUUCGCAGACGCUGUCAAGGAGAACAAGUGGCCACAAGAGCUGAAGGUUGGUCUGAUCGGAUCCUGCACAAACUCCUCGUACGAGGAUAUGAGCAGAGCUGCGGCCAUUGCUCAGGAUGCGCUUGACCACGGUAUCAAGGCCAAGGCUCUCUUCACAAUCACACCUGGUUCUGAGCAAAUCCGCGCUACUUGCGAGCGCGACGGUCAACUCAAGACUCUCGAGGAAUUCGGUGGCAUGGUUCUUGCUAACGCAUGUGGUCCAUGUAUCGGACAGUGGGAUCGCCGCGACGUCAAGAAGGGCGAAGCCAACUCGAUCAUCUGCUCGUACAACCGAAACUUCACUGGUCGUAACGAUGCCAACCCAGCCACACACUCCUUCGUUGCCUCUCCUGACAUGGUCGUUGCCAUGACCCUCGCUGGCGACCUUACAUUCAACCCGCUUACCGACACCCUUAAGGACAAGGAUGGCAAGGACUUCAAGCUCAAGGAGCCAACUGGUGACGGUCUGCCCACUCGUGGGUAUGAUCCAGUGGACACUUAUCAGCAUCCACCGGAAGAUCGCGCCGCUGUCAAGGUUGCGGUCUCGCCAACCUCCGAUCGUCUGCAGCUGCUCGAGCCUUUCGAGCCAUGGAAUGGCCAGGACGCGAAGAACGUCCCAAUCCUGAUCAAGGCUCAAGGCAAGACCACUACUGACCACAUCUCUAUGGCCGGCCCAUGGUUGAAGUACCGUGGCCACUUGGACAACAUCUCGAACAACUUGCUCAUCGGUGCCAUCAACGAGGCCAACGGUGAGGCCAACAAGGUCAAGAACCAGGACACCGACAACUGGGACGCCGUUCCAGCAGUGGCCCGUCAGUAUAAGAAGGAGGGUGUCAAGUGGGUCGUCAUUGGCGACUGGAACUACGGAGAGGGCUCAUCCCGUGAGCACGCUGCUCUCGAGCCUCGCCACCUUGGUGGCCUUGCCAUCAUUACCCGAUCGUUCGCCCGUAUUCACGAGACCAACUUGAAGAAGCAGGGUAUGCUUCCUUUGACCUUCCAGAACCCAGAAGACUACGACAAGAUCAAGCCAGAUGACCGUAUCGACCUCAAGCUCACCGAUAUUGGUGUUGGCAAGCCUGUUACCAUGACUGUGCACCCAGCUGCUGGUGGUCAAGCUUUCGAUAUCACACUUGUGCACACAUUCAACGAAGGACAACUGGAGUGGUUCAGGAACGGCAGUGCGCUGAACACCAUGGCCAAGAAGGCGGCUCAGAAAUAAGUUGAUCUUGAACGAGGAUCAGGAUGAGAAGAGGAGUGAAUGACAAGAGGUAUGAAAGCAACGACUUUCGGAUCGUCGUAAUGAUACACAGAACGGGCGGCAUUCGUCGCCUCGUGCAUUACAUGCGUGGGAGGCAGUGGCCAGCGCGGUCAGCGACGAGACUGUAGCAUUGUGCAUAUUUAUUUCAGGCGCGUUUGGUCGUUCCGGAGGGGAUCAUGUAUUGUGACAAUGAACUUUUAAGACCAAAAUCUUCUCCUUGA